GGCCAGAGCUCUAGGAGGUUCUGUACGUGGCAGCGCCUACAAGCCCUCUCUGUACUAGUCGUCACCUCGGGGUGCCAAGUGGAUUUGCGCUUACAUACCGACGUGUGACGGUUCUCCGUAGACCCGGUGAGGACAAAGGUUAUUGAACGAGACAAAAUGAAGAAGUUUCUGUUUUUCACCUCCUGGGUUCUGUUCUCCUGCUGCUGCACCGCAAAGGGAGAAAUCUUCACUUCAAUCAGCCAAAUGACAGACCUGAUCUACACAGAAAAAGAGUUGGUUCAGUCUCUGAGGGAGUACAUCAAAGCAGAGGAGUCCAAGCUUGCUUCUGUUAAAAGCUGGGCCAAGAAACUAGAUGCUCUGACCAGAGUAUCCACCUCUGACCCGGAGGGUUACCUGGCUCACCCAGUAAAUGCCUACAAACUGAUGAAGAGACUCAACACUGAGUGGUCUGAACUGGAGAGCCUGGUGCUUCAGAACCCCUCUGAUGGGUUCAUUUCCAACAUGUCCAUACACAGACAGUACUUCCCAGAUGAGGAAGAUGAGACGGGAGCAGCCAAAGCACUGAUGCGUCUUCAGGACACGUACCAACUGGAUUCUGAAGCCUUCUCCAGAGGAAAGCUGCCAGGAAUGCACUCCAGUGCUGUACUGACAGUGGACGACUGCUUUGACAUGGGCAAGACGGCGUAUAACGAUGCAGACUAUUACCAUGCUGUUCUGUGGAUGCAGCAGUCCUUGAGGCAGCUGGACGAUGGAGAGGAAGCUGUGGUUUCCAAGGCAGACAUUUUGGAUUACCUCAGCUACUCUGUUUACCAAAUGGGUGACCUGCCUCGAGCCAUUGAGCUGACACGGCGGCUGGUGGCUAUUGACUCCACCCACCAGAGGGCAGGAGGAAACCUCCGAUAUUUUGAGAAGCUACUGUUCAAGCAGCUCCAGGAGUUGAACCAGUCCUACCAGCCUGCCUCCGAGGAGCCCAUCCAGCUGGGAACCUACAGUAGACCUAAAGACCAUCUUCCAGAGAGGGAGGCCUAUGAGGCUCUGUGCAGAGGAGAGGGGCUGCAAAUGACUGAAGCAAGACGUAGCCAUUUGUUCUGCCGCUACCACGACGGUAGAAGGAACCCUCGUCUCCUGCUGAAGCCUCUAAAGGAAGAGGACGAGUGGGACAGCCCUCACAUCGUACGAUACCUGGACAUCCUGUCAGAUGAAGAGAUUGAGAAGAUUAAAGAGCUGGCAAAACCCAGGCUUGCCAGAGCUACUGUCCGUGACCCCAAAACAGGUGUCUUGACCACAGCCAACUACAGAGUGUCAAAAAGUGCAUGGUUGGAAGCUGAGGACGAUCCUGUUAUUGAGAGAGUCAAUCAGAGAAUAGAAGACAUCACUGGCCUCACAGUAGACACAGCUGAGUUACUGCAGGUUGCAAACUAUGGAGUUGGAGGACAGUAUGAGCCGCAUUACGACUUCUCCAGGAAAGAUGAGCCUGAUGCUUUCAAAAGAUUAGGCACUGGAAAUCGUGUGGCAACUUUUUUAAACUACAUGAGUGAUGUUGAAGCAGGAGGUGCCACAGUCUUUCCUGACUUUGGAGCUGCAAUCUGGCCUAGAAAGGGGACAGCAGUUUUCUGGUAUAAUCUGUUCAGGAGUGGGGAGGGAGACUACAGGACCAGACAUGCUGCUUGUCCUGUCCUAGUAGGAAGUAAAUGGGUGUCAAACAAGUGGAUUCAUGAACGAGGACAAGAAUUCAGGAGGCCCUGUGGCUUGACAGAAGUGGACUGAAGUUUACCCCACAUCUAUGCAGCAUAUGACCACAUUCACACACACACACACACAUACAUGUGCACACAUACUUCGUAUUGUCUUGAUUCUAGCAAUUCAGACACAUUCUGCAUCACUUAUGUAAGUGUUCUCUCCUUCAACUUGUCUGCAUGAUGAACAGCCCAGGAAGAUACACCCCACAGGUGUGUGGGAUCUAACAGGAAAUUAUCUUUUCUUCUUGUACUGCAAGAUUUAGAGCUCUGUACUCUGUCACACAGUGCCACACUAGCCCACUUUGUUAAACAAAUGAAAUUAGAAUUAAUAAAAGAAAAUAAUACCUAUAAAUGGAAUUAUCAAGUUAAAAACAAAACAACACCAUUGCAUUUGUUUUUUUCCAGAGGUGCAAAAUAUUUAGAGUAGAUUGAAAUAAGUCCAGUGCUAAAUCUUCCCACAAAUACGUCUGUGUUUAAGCUCUCAUGUGAACAGUUUAUUUCAUUGCUUUUACAACUUUGAACAAAUCACCAGCAUUAGUCGUAAUACAGAGAACCCAUUAGGCAUUUAGGUCAUUUACACAUUUCUUAACAAACUAACAUUUAAUUUUCUUACACUAAACACUUCUGAAUAUGAACUGAGUGAAGAAAAAACUUGUGUUAGCUCUUGACAAAUAAUGAAAUAACAGCUUUGGUGAGGGACUCUGACCUGUGGACUCAACUGUAGGUUUUUAUGACAAAUCCUUCCUGUGUUGACUGUUGACCUCGGCAAUGUAAUCCGAGAAACAGCUCCUCUGUGUUGGUUAUUUGAAAUGCAAAUGAAAGGCUUUAAAGAAAAAAACAACACACCAUCAAAUGAGCUUUAGUGCCAUACCUUCAUUGGUAACAGCUUUAUUUUGUCAUUUCAUACUUUAUCAUUUACAUCCAGCGUCUCAUCCAUCACAUUCAGAUUGGACAGAAAUAUCUUUCCUCCAAAUCAAGUCCAUUAUGUGUUUAUUUAUAUAGUGUUUAAAUUAUUACACUGUUGUUACAUUGUAUCCUCUUUUUACAAGAUGGCCAACAAGAAAGUCAAUAAACAGUGCCUUUUCUUAAA